AUGCACAGGCCUGCAGCGCCCCUGCGGCACUCAGCACAACAGGUGCGGUGGCAGCGGCGCGCUGGGCGCGGCGGCGGGCCGGCCGAGUCCAGCGGCAGCGACGAGGAGGAUUUCUUCCAAGAGGAGGGCAGCAUGGAGGAAUUUUAUGACGCCGACGAUGUGGGCUACGAGGAGGGUCGGCCCGGCGAUGGUGACUCGGAGAUGCGGCUCUACCUGGACAGCGCCAACGUCAAGGAGUGGGAGAUGUGGGCCGAGACGGGCCUGUUCUACGGCUUCACCACCAACCCCACCAUCCUCAAGCGCGACGACGUGAGCUGCAACAUCGCCAGCAUGCGCCACCUGGCGCGCGAGGCGUUUGCGCUCAAGGUGGAGGAGCUGCAGCUGCAGGCGUGGGGCGCCACGGCGGCGGAGAUGUACUCGUGCGGGCUGGACCUCAUGGACAUCGACUCCCGCAUCCUGGUGAAGCUGCCCGUUACGCUGGAGGGAGCCAAGGCGGCGGCCAAGCUGGUCGCAGACGGCGCGCCCGUCACGAUGACGGGUGUGUAUGCGGCGCACCAGGUGGUGACCUCGCUAGCACUGGGGGCAGCAUAUGCAGCACCCUAUGUGGGCCGAAUGACGGAUGCCGGGAAGAAUGGGAUUGAGGAGGUGAUCAGGAUGCAGGAGGUGGUGGACCAGUGCACCGAGGAGGGCGGCAUGCGGCUGCUGGUGGCCAGCAUCCGGUCUGCGGACGAGAUUGCCGAGCUGGCGGGCUGCAACACCUUCACCAUCUCGCCCGCAGUGGCACGGCAGCUGUUUGAUGUCGGCCUGACCAACGACGCAGCAGUGGUUUUCCAGCAGCAUGCAAAUGAGAUGGGGGCCAAAGACUCGUCAUGA